AUGGACAGAGUGCUGGCGGGGGUUCCGAGAGACGAGUGUGUUGUGUACCUAGACGACAUAUUGGUGCACGGCACAUCGUUUGAGGGGGCACUGGGGGCAAUUAGGCGAGUGUUGGAGAGGAUCUCGGGGGCGGGGCUAAAAUUACACCCGGGAAAGUGCCAUUUCAUGCAAAGGGAGGUGGCGUUCCUGGGGCAUCAGCUGGGUGGUGAGGGCAUCAGCACGAUGCCAGACAAAGUAGAGGCUGUGAGGGGGUGGCCAGUUCCAGGGGGGAAAAAAGAGGUUAAGAGCUUCCUGGGGCUGGCAUCCUACUAUCGUAGGUUUGUGAAGGGGUUUGCGGGGGUAGCGGCUCCUUUGAACCACCUUCUCAAGGAGGACACUGUUUUUCAGUGGACCGAAGAGCACCAGCGGGCGUUUCAGGCCCUCAAACGUGCCUUGAUGGAGGCCCCUGUCCUGGCCUCACCAGACCCGAACCGUCCGUUCAUCCUGGACACCGACGCAAGCAAUGAGGGCUUGGGGGCUGUGCUGGCUCAGCGUGGCCCUGAUGGGGAACACGUAGUAGCUUAUUACAGCAGAACUUUUGAUAAGGCUGAAAAACGCUACUGCGUGACAAGGAGAGAGCUUUUGGCUGUCGUGGCAGCAGUACGCCAUUUCAAGUACUACCUGGGGGGCCUGCCGUUUGUGGUCCGGACGGAUCACUCCGCCCUGCAGUGGCUUCUCUCCUUCAAGGAGCCAGAGGGUCAGAUUGCCCGCUGGCUGGAGGAGCUGCAACCCUACGACUUCCAGGUGGAGCACAGAGCCGGCCUUCGCCACAGCAAUGCAGACGCCUUGUCCCGCCGCCCGUGUGCUGAGGAUGGCUGUGGGUACUGCGCCAAACGGGUGGAGCGAGAGAGAGAACUGUGCAGGGAGGAGGGAGUCACCGCCACGGUGAGUCAGCUGAGUGUGACAGAGUGCCGGGAGCUGGAGGCUGUGGACGUUGGGGAGUGGAGGCGUCGCCAGGAGGAGGACGCAGAGCUGCGUCCUGUGCUGCGGUGGGUGGAAGAGAGAAGACGACCGCCGUGGGGGGAAGUAGCCCCUCUAUCACCAGUCACCAAAGGACUGUGGGCUAAAUUCACAGUCCUUAGAGUGGCUGAGGGAGUGCUCCAGAGGGGGUGGAAAAAGCCAGCGACUGGAGAAAUUACGUGGCAGGUAGUGGUGCCCAAAAGGCUGCAGGGGAGCGUGUUACAGCAGCUUCAUGGGGGAGUAGGCGCAGGGCAUUUUGGGGUCUCCAAAACGUUAAAGCGCAUGCGUAAAGGCUUCUAUUGGGCCAGGCACAGGAGGGAUGUUGAGGACUUUUGUAGGCAGUGCGACGAGUGUGCUGCUAAAAAAGGACCUCCAGGUCAGUCACACGCCCUCCUACAACAAUUCCCAGUAGGGGAGCCCAUGGAGAGACUGGGGGUAGACAUAGUAGGGCCGUUUCCAACCACAGACAGCGGUAACAGGUGGAUUCUAACCGCUAUGGACUACUUCACCAAGUGGCCGGAGGCUUACGCUCUCCCAGACCAGGAGGCGGGGACAGUAGCUGAUGCGUUGGUGGGGGGAAUAAUCAGUCGGUUUGGGGUGCCACAGUCUAUUCACAGCGACCAGGGGAGAAACUUCGAGUCACGGGUGUUCUCAGAGUUGUGUAGACGGUUAGGCGCGGAGAAGACGCGCACUACUCCGCUUCACCCCCAGAGUGAUGGGCUGGUGGAAAGAUUCAACAGAACAUUAGCACAGCAGCUGGCCAUCGUUACCUCAAAACACCAGAGAGAUUGGGACACCCACUUACCGUUUAUUCUUAUGGCGUGUAGGUCGGCUGUUCAAGAAUCGACUGCGUGCUCCCCAGCACUACUAAUGUUAGGUCGUGAGCUGCGCACCCCAGCCGAACUGACGUUUGGCCACCCUCCUGAUAAUGACGACCGGGUUUUGCCUGGCCCGAACUAUGUGUGUCGUCUGCAGAACCGGUUAGAAGCGGCUCACACCUUCGCAAGAGAGCAACUCGAGAACGCAGGGGUGCGCCAAAAGCGCCACUACGACUCGCGCUAG